ACAGCACAGCAAAGCAAAGCAAACAGGCCAUUAAGCCCCCCAUAACUGCCAAUUGGCAUACGAAUCUUCAUUUGCAUACAUCAAACACAUCAGCGGCAGCACACAACAGCCAUUGGACGGGGCAGAGCGACAAUCGGCAGGCAGAGAAUCGCAUCAACAGUCAAUCCACAUCGGACCAGCAGUCGACACGCGACUAUCCGCGCUUUAGCGGCGAGCAUCAGAACGUGCCGCCGCCGCCGCAGGUUGCGCCCAGCGUCAAGAUGUACCACAGCAGCGCCGUGGCGGCCUACACGGACCUGGCCGCCGCCGGGAGUGCAGCCAGCGCGGGAGUGGGAGUCUCCGGCUACCACCACCAGCAGGCUGUCAAUGCACCCGUCUAUGUGCCCUCCAAUCGCCAGUACAACCAUGUGGCCGCCCAUUUUGGGAGCGCGGCUGCUGCGCAGAAUGCCUGGACAACGGACAGCUUCGGAUCGGCGCAUGCGCAGCUGCCGGCACAGUUCUACACACAGAAUGCGGCCGUGAUGAUGGGCUCCUGGCGCAGUGCCUACGAUCCGACGGGGUUCCAGCGAAACUCGCCGUACGAGAACGCCAUGGACUUUCAGUUCGGCGAGGGACGCGAGUGCGUCAAUUGUGGGGCCAUCUCGACGCCGCUGUGGCGACGGGACGGCACCGGACACUAUCUGUGCAACGCCUGCGGGCUGUACCACAAAAUGAACGGCAUGAACCGACCCCUGAUCAAGCCCAGCAAGCGCCUGGUGAGUGCAACGGCCACGCGGCGCCUGGGGCUCUGCUGCACCAACUGCGGCACCCGCACCACCACCCUCUGGCGGCGCAACAACGACGGGGAGCCCGUGUGCAAUGCCUGCGGCCUCUACUACAAGCUGCAUGGCGUCAACCGGCCGCUGGCCAUGCGCAAGGAUGGCAUCCAGACGCGCAAGCGCAAGCCCAAGAAAACGGGCAGCGGUUCGGUGGGAGGGACAGGAGCGGGCACUGCCUCCGGUGCGGUCCUGGAUUCCAUCAAGGAGUGCAAGGAAGAGCACGAUCUCAAGCCAUCGCUUAGUCUGGAACGGCACAGCCACAGCCUCAGCAAGCUGCACACGGAUCUGAAGAGCAGCAGCAGCAGCGGCAGCCUGAUGGGGCAGCAUCAUGUCCAGCAGCAGCAGCAGCAACAGCAGGCCCUUCAGCAGCAGCAGCAGCAGGCGCAUCAGCAGUGCUUCCCCCACUACGGACAGGCCGCGACGCAGGCGCAGCAGCAGGCGCAGCAUCAGCAGCACGGCCAUGGGAUGAGCACACCCACGGCGCAGUCGCAGCUGAGUGCCAGGCAGAUCCAUGGAGCCGCUGGCUCCCAGCUGUACACGCCCGGCAGCAGUGCGGGCGGAGCAGGAUCGGGAGCCUCGGCGUACACCUCGCACAGCGCCGAGACGCCCUCGUUGAGCAAUGGCACCCCGUCGCCCCACUACCAGCACCACCACCAUUUGGGCAGCUCGCACGGCCACCAUGUGGCAGCGGCGGCCCAUCACCACCUGCAUGCGGCAGCCGCUGCAGCCGCUUAUGGCGUGAAGACAGAGGCGACUGCCACCAACUACGACUACGUGAACAACUGCUACUUUGGGGCUUCCUUUGGGGCACUGGGCGGAGCAGCCUCGACGGCCGCCAUGGCGGGAGGAGCCGAGUUGGCCGGAUAUCACCAUCAGCACAAUGUCAUCCAGGCAGCCAAGCUGAUGGCCACCUCCUAAGGGCCGCACCACACCCAUACUUUGUGGCUCUGUGAUCUCCUCGCCCAUUCCCACCACCCAUCUGUGUCCCCCCAUCACCCCCUCCAGCACCAGAGCAAGUCCUCGUUGGAAUGGCAUUGAAAAGACUUUAGACGUUAGUCCCCCCGCCUCCAUUCUUAGUCUAAGAUUACAUAGUUAUCCCCUAUGGCCUGUAAAUAACUUGACUAUACAUAUAGCAAGUCUCGUUGUACAAAUCUGCAUCUUUAUCAUCGCUCCAUGGAGCUACAGUGCGUGUAUGUGUGUGUGUGUGUGUGUGUACAGUGUGUGUAUUGGUUGUGUUGCAUUCGAUUCGUUUUAGCUUCUUAUUUUAAUGAUGAUUAUUGUUCCACUAGCUUAAAUAGCCCCAACUAUUCCUAUUCCCUGUGUUACCAGCACGACCCACACUCCCCCACACCCCUCAUAGACCAUUUGGCAGUAGGCGUAAUUACUAGUAUUAAUAAUACUUAUAAUAAUUCGUCAGUUUUGACAUUCAGUUUAAUAUUACUAGAUAAAUAAAAAUAAAAUAAAAUAAAUAAAUAAAAUGAAUUUCAAAAUAUGCCUAUGGCACGAAAACUUAACAUAACAUAAGAUCUAAAUCAUAUCUAACAGGCAAAAGCUCAUCAAAAAGGAAGAAGAA